AUGGCACCCAUGUCUCAGCAUGUGUACCAUGUGACAAGCAAAUCCCAUUCAGAGGCAGGAAGAAGAUUUGUAUACACUGAUUGGGAGGGGUUGGCUCAUGAUUCUAGGAUACUUGCAGAAGCUAUUGUUAGGCCAAAUGUCCACUUCCCAGUACCUCCCCCAGGGAAAUACUACAUUGUUGAUUCUAGCUUUGCCAGUGCACCCGACUAUCUUACACCGUACUCAGGUCGGCCCUAUCACUUGAGUGAAUUUCAUGGGCAAUGGGGUAGAUUUAGAACCAAGGAAGACCUAUUCAACUAUACACACUCAUCUCUACGAAAUGUAAUAGAGCGAUGUUUUGGUGUACUAAAGGGUAAAUUCCCAAUACUGAAGAACAUGCCACGCUAUGAUCUGUCAUUGCAACCAUUCAUAGUUAUGGCAUGCUUCAUUACUUAUAACUUCACCAAGAGAGAGGCAUGCGAGGAUGUACAUCUAAACAUAUGGGCCGAUGAACAAAUGAUCAAUAAUGAAGAUGAUGAAGCAAAUGGUGGUGAUGGUGGGCACGAUGGUGAACAUGCUUCUACUAGCAACUCUGAAAUCACCUUAGUAUAG